CACGAAAAUAAUUCGUGAUUAUUCUUGACACCUUUAAAUCGACUUAUUUAAAUAACUAAGCAACAUGAGUCGCAGGAAAAGAGCAAAGGUGGAGUAUAGAGAAAUGGAGGAAAAAUAUAAUCAGUUAGAAGAUGAAAAUGCCUCGGAUACAUCAGAGAAAUCUAAAACUGGUCUUGUAACACCAGAGAAGAAAGUUUCCACAGAGGUGAAAAAAGAAUCCGAACCUAUAAUACCUGUACCUGUAGCUUCUGCUUCAAAAAGUGAAGUCAAAGAGGAAGAUGAUCAAGACAGUGAUCAUGAAGAUCCACACGUGAAAGAAUUAUUGCAUGGAUUGGAAGGUGCAGCCUUUCAAAGCCGCCUACCAUUUGACAAAUUGACAUCUACCGAAGCUGCAUGUUUCCCUGAUGUUUCUGGUGGACCACCACAAACACAAAAAGUAUUCUUGCACAUUAGGAAUAGACUUUUGCAAAUAUGGCUGGAAAACCCCAAACAACAAUUAAUCAUCGAAAAUGCAUUACCACAAAUUGAACCACCUUACAAUAGUGAUACUGUGCUCACUCGUAGGAUUCAUGCCUUCUUAGAACGCCAUGGAUUUAUAAACUUUGGAGUCUUUAAACGUCUUAAGCCAUUACCUACUAAAAAAUUAGGAAAGGUCAUUGUAAUUGGUGCUGGUAUUGCUGGAUUGGCAGCAGCUCAGCAGAUGCAACAGUUUGGUUUAGAAGUAAUUGUUUUGGAAGCUAGAGAUCGUGUUGGUGGACGAAUCGCCACAUUUCGUAAAUCAAAUUAUAUUGCGGAUUUGGGAGCUAUGGUGGUCACCGGUUUAGGUGGAAAUCCUGUAACGACUCUUAGUAAACAAAUUAAUAUGGAACUCCAUAAAAUUCGACAAAAGUGUCCAUUAUAUGAAAGCGAUGGUCAAACGGUUCCAAAAGAUAAAGAUGAAAUGGUCGAAAGGGAGUUUAACAGAUUACUGGAAGCCACUUCUUAUCUUUCACAUCAACUAGAUUUUAAUUAUGUAAAUAGUGGAUCUGGAGGUCAAGGCAGUAAUACACGUCCAGUAUCUUUGGGUCAAGCAUUAGAGUGGGUAAUACGUUUACAAGAACAAGGUGUAAAGCAACGUCAAGUAGCUCACUUGCGUUCUGUACUCUCAUUGCAAGGACGACUAGUUACUAAUCAGCACAGAAUGAUUUCCAUCAUGGAUCGUUUAGUCGAAUUGAAUAAACAAUACAAAGAAAUGACGGAAAGUAAAUUACAAACUCGAGAUAUAACGCAAGAAUUCGUACUCCGAUCUAAAUUACGUGAUCUUCAUAAUGCUUGUAAGGAGUGGGAUCAGCUAUCAGAUCAACAGAAAGAAAUCGAGGCAAAAUUACAAGAAUUGGAGGCAUCACCACCCAGUGACGUCUAUUUAUCAUCUAAGGAUAGGCAGAUACUGGAUUGGCACUUUGCAAAUUUGGAGUUUGCCAACGCAACAUCUUUAUCAAACUUGAGCCUGAAGCAUUGGGACCAAGACGAUGAUUUUGAAUUCACCGGAAGUCAUCUAACUGUUCGCAACGGUUAUUCUUGCGUACCUGUUGCUCUCUCGGAAGGACUCGAUAUCCGAUUGAACACAGCCGUCCGAGCGGUGCGAUACGGUCAGAACGGCGUGGAAGUCUGGGCCGCACCCUCCCGUAGCCCGCACACAAAUCACACCGUCUACAAGGCUGAUGCUGUGUUGGUUACGUUGCCCCUCGGCGUCCUCAAGACAUCCGCGCCGCCUUCCGGUGUCAGCUUCACCCCGCAGCUUCCGGACUGGAAAUCUCAGGCGAUUCAACGACUGGGCUUUGGCAAUUUAAAUAAGGUGGUAUUAUGCUUCGAGCGCAUUUUCUGGGAUCCAACGGCCAAUUUGUUCGGCCACGUGGGAAGUACCACCGCGUCACGCGGCGAGCUCUUCUUGUUCUGGAACUUAUACAAGGCGCCUGUCCUGCUGGCCCUCGUCGCUGGUGAAGCGGCUUGCGUAAUGGAAAAUGUCAGUGACGAUGUUAUCGUCGGCCGUUGCAUCGCCGUACUGAAAGGUAUUUUUGGGAACCAAGUGGUACCACAGCCACGCGAAAGUGUCGUGACAAGGUGGCGUGCGGAUCCUUGGGCGCGUGGAUCCUACAGCUUCGUCGCAGUCGGCAGUUCUGGCAGUGAUUACGACCUUUUGGCAGCGCCCGUGUCAUCUCCGCAUAUGCUUAACCAGCCCCCGCCGCAGCCACGAGUAUUCUUUGCAGGAGAGCACACUAUACGGAAUUAUCCAGCCACCGUGCAUGGUGCAUUUCUCAGUGGCCUUCGUGAAGGCGGACGUAUAGCCGACCAGCUUUGCGGAAGUCCUUACGCGCCACCGACAAUGGCAGCUUCCGCUCCACCGCCAACGGGGAUCACAUCAGCAAGCACCGGCAGUAGUUCGACGCCUUAGUAUUUUCGCAUCUUGGUAUUCUUGCUAUUACGUUUUUGUCUUUCUGUGAGCGAAUCAGACCCGUGGAGAAAAUGGAGAGCUCGGUUUCGAAACUCCUUCGCGAAAGAGAUACGCGAGAGGAAAAGCUCUUCGUUAGACAAUUCGACCUCUGCGAUAGGUCAACGAGGAAAAACGCUCGUUAUUAGUGCUAUUUUAACAGCUUACGUAUAUCGUUUUCGAUGAGUAACUUAAUCCGAUUAAAUAUCAGUUCGAUUAAAAGAAUCGAACAAACUCGACUUUGUAAAAUGCUCAACUUUUCGUGGCGUGUCACGUUCAUCAGAUAUUCUCUAUCCAUGGAUGCAAGUAAUGCAGUUCAAGUGUUUCAUCUCUUAAUCAUUUAUACACGUGUUUUACAUUACGUUAAUUAUUUAUCUAUAAUAGAAAUAAAUAAGUAUUGUCUUGACUUAGGUAAGAUUAUAAAUAAUCUUUUACUUUCUUUGUCGUGUAAUAGGUAACGCGCUCUUCUUUAUUAUAUUCUGCCAAUUUUAAUUAUGCUUCCGUUAACUUAUCCAUACGAUUUAUUAGAAUUUUAUGCUGCGACGUAUGUUUUUUGCAUAACUGACAAGUAUUAUUUAGAGAUAUACAUAUACACAAUAUAUACCUUGACAUCUCUUGAUCGAAUAGAUAAGAAAAGCAGACAUGCUCGAAGUUGUAUGCGAAAAAUAUGCGAAAUAAUACAAAGCCAUAAAGAUAAUUACAUGACGCUAUUAUACUUCCCGAUGAUACAGCAAUUAGUGUAGAGAAUGAAUAUAAUUAUAUUAGUAUCAAUACAUAUUUGCAUUCGAUGUAGCAAAAAAAAAAGAUAGACUUAUAAUCACAUUUAUUUAAUAUUAGUUUUGCAGCGUAUUUUACAUAUGGUACACACAUAUUGAAUUUUAAAAUUUCAAUUUAUGGAAAUUGCUAUCGAAAUUUCAUCAAAAUGUUUGUUGCAAUUGCAUGUGUUUAAACUAUUUUCUUCAAUUAUAAAUAAU